UGGUGACUCUUCCAAGCUGCCUCGUGCAUCUCUCCCGGAAAUGGCUUCGAAGGAAGAGUUUGAAGAAUAUGCCGAGAAGGCCAAGACAUUACCCCCAGCCACCAAGGAUGCUGAUAAACUCGUUCUCUAUGGGCUUUACAAGCAAUCAACGGUGGGCAAUGUGACCACCGGUCGACCAGGGAUUUUUAGCCCCAAGGAGCGGGCCAAAUGGGAUGCAUGGAAAGCUGUUGAAGGGAAAACUGAGGAAGAGGCAAUGAAUGAGUACAUUACAAAGGUGAAGCAAUGGCAGGAAGCAGCUAAGCUUCAUUAGAUUGUAACUCAGUUUUAAGUACUUGUGUUCCUAAGA